UAAACAUGGGUAGACAUGUACAACAAUCCAUUCAAAGUUGGAAGGAAGAAGAAGAAGAAGCAGCAGCAGCUAAACACAGAGAUGGACAAAAGGAAAAGAAUCGCAGAAGAAGCUAUAGAUCAAAAUCAAAAGAAGAAGAACAAGUCUAACAAUACUACUACGACGACGACGAAGACACAAAACAACGAUGUCUUCUCUUCUUGUUCUUUCUCCAGUCUUGGCCUUCAAUCUUCCUUGUGCGACCAACUCAGAGAUAGAAUGGGCUUUGAAUUUCCGACCCUUAUCCAGGCUCAGGCAAUACCUGUUAUUCUCUCCGGGCGACAUGUUCUUGUUAAUGCGGCUACUGGAACGGGCAAGACUGUAGUAUAUCUGGCUCCAAUUAUCCAUCACUUGCAGAAGUAUGAUCCCCGAAUUCAGCGGUCCCAUGGAACUUUUGCGUUGGUUCUUGUACCAACGCAUGAGUUAUGCAUGCAGGUAUAUGAAAUCUUGCGAAAGUUAUUGCACCGUUUUCAUUGGAUUGUCCCAGGCUAUAUAAUGGGUGGUGAAAACAGGUCAAAAGAAAAGGCCAGGUUGCGCAAAGGCAUAUCUAUUCUUGUUGCAACUCCUGGACGCCUUUUGGAUCAUCUAAAAAAUACAUCAUCCUUUGUGUACACAAAUUUGCGAUGGAUAAUCUUUGAUGAAGCAGAUAGGAUUCUUGAAUUAGGAUUUGGUAAAGACAUAGAGGAGAUACUUGAUCUCUUGGGUUCCCGGAAACAGAAGUCUCUUAGCGAGGGGAAUACCAUUUCAAGGAUUUCUGAAUUUCAGAGACAGAAUUUGCUUUUGUCAGCUACCUUAAAUGAAAAAGUAAAUAAUCUUGCUAAAAUGAGUUUAGAAAAUCCAGUUAUGAUUGGUCUCGAUGACAGUAAGUUGCAAACUAGUCCAUCUCUUGAACAUUUGGAAUCUUUAGGAUCUGAUGUGGAUAAUGAAUUAAAGUACUCAGGAAAGCUAAUAAGUUCUUCCAAUGAAGAAUAUAAGCUUCCAGCUCAAUUAGUUCAGAGAUACGUUAAAGUGCCCUGUGGUUCACGGCUUGUGGUCCUCCUAUCCAUUCUGAAGACUCUUUUUGACUCAGAAAUUUCCUAUAAGAUUGUGGUAUUCUUUUCAACAUGCGAUGCAGUCGAUUUUCAUUAUUCACUGCUCAGUGACUUCCAGUUGUCCAACCAACAACCAGAAGCAGAACGCCAGAAGCAAUAUUUGAAAUGCAAAACUUUCAGAUUACAUGGAAACAUGAAACAUGAGGACCGCAGAACUACGUUCCAGGCCUUCAAAACAGAGAAAUCAGCUCUUCUCUUGUCCACAGAUAUUUGUGCUAGAGGCUUGGAUUUUCCGAAAGUUAAAUGUAUUAUACAGUAUGAUUCUCCAGGGGAGGCUACUGAAUAUGUGCACAGAGUUGGAAGAACUGCUCGCUUGGGGGAAAAGGGACAUUCUUUGUUAUUUCUACAACCAAUUGAAAUGGAUUAUUUGCAAGACCUAGAAAAACAUGGUGCGUCACUAACUGAGUAUCCCCUUCUCAAAGUGUUGGAUAGUUUUCCAUUAUAUGGUCAGCAGCACCAUGCCAAAAGGUUUGUUUCCGUAGAGAUGCAUCCCUGGGUGCUUUCUUUGCAGAAGGCACUUGAAUCCUUCAUCAUGGCAGUGCCGGGGAUGAAGAAGUUGGCAAAGGAUGCAUUUUGUUCUUGGGUCCGUGCAUACACUGCCCAUCGUGGCGAACUAAAAAGGAUUUUUAUGGUGAAAAAGCUUCAUUUGGGGCAUGUUGCAAAAAGCUUUGCAUUGAAAGAACAGCCGUCAUUGGUUGGUAAAUCGUUUCAAAUGCAGACAAAGAAGAGGAAGAGGGAUCUAAAUCAAAAGGGAAUCCCGAAAAAGAGGAAGAACCCCUGGAAAUCGUGAAUUCAGGCCACAAGGGAGCUACAUACCAUCAUGUCCAAUUGGCUAGUUAACUAGUUCCACAGAUACGAUUGCAUGUUGGAGUUUUUUACACUGUAUUAUAUGAUUUUGGGCAGUUUUAUAUCUGGGUAGUUAUGCAGGGUUCUAUCUUUUUUUUUCGGUUGAGCAAAUGGAAGCUAAAAUGGAACAUCUUGAAUUGCCCUUGGUGUUGUGAAUGGCAAUGGUUCAGUAGUUUAAUUAUUUUUAGUUUCAAAAUCCUAGAACAUUGUGUCAGUUUUGACAAUUGGCACUGAAAUUUUGUAGUUCAAAAUUUGAUUAUUGAUUACUGAAUUGCUGGUAUUUUUAUCUCCAACUUUGGGGCCUUCUUUGGUUAA